AUGUCGUCGCAGAUCUCCGUGAUGGCCGUGGUCGGCAGAAGAACUGGCUGCCACUUUGCCAUCUGCGACUUGCACCGAGCAGCAAACAUCUCAUCCCUCGACAUCCCAGCCACCACCAUCCCACUAAACAUGUCCGCCAGACCCUUCGAGGGCUUCCUUCCCCCCCAGUACCUUCCCCACACUUCCCCCAACCCCCACUCCUUCCCCCAACUGCAGACCCAGAGCCCACUCCCCGACCAGUCCGCUCCAGUUUUCCGCUCUCAGGCAACUGCGCCAGCUGCUCUCAAUAGUAGCGAAAGCUUCAACGUCAUGUCUGACCAUGCUCCCUUCCCCCUCUACUGCCCUACCCCCAACCUGACGCCUGUCUAUCCGUCUUCUAGGUCCACAAGCUGUUACUCGGAUGGUAGUAUCUGCUUUACUCCGCAGGACGUGCCCAACUUCUUCCCAGAGUAUAGCAACUUUGGUCCAAAACGUCGCCACACUUACCUCGAAGACGACUCGCGCUCUGCCGACACGUUUGUCAAGCCCAACACCACUUCUGCUUUCUAUGGCGGCGAGGGUUCGUACAUGGUGCCCGACACGCGAAUAUUUUCAGAGCCCCUUGAAAUGUCUCGUCAUCGACACAAUAUCGUGCCCGACAGUGGGGACAGAUCUACAUCCUUUGAGGAAGCCAAGACGGUUCCCAUGGGUGGCAUGCUGCGCUUGGCUGAAGAAGACGAAUUCGAGGCCAGUCCGAAGCGCCCCAAGCUGGCGACGUCCCCUUCGUCCCCGGACGUGCCUUUGAUAGCCAGGCGGACGAGAAGUGUCCAGGCGUGCGAUCAUUGCAGACGUCGCAAAGCGAGGUGCGUUGGCCGCGACCCAUGCGAACGCUGUGCGAAAAGCAGACGCCCCUGCGUCUUCUCCCCCGUCCACCUCACUCGCCCCUCCUCUCGUCCGAGCGCCACUCGCAGACCAUCUGGUCUCUCCACCUCCGCUCCCAUAUCCACCUCCCCCAUCCGCCGGCACAGUCUCGAGUCUCCCACCACCUCUCUCUCAGCUGGCCCAUCAUCGCGGCCACCGGGCGGCGAAUCACCCUGGCUGCCCAUAUCCCCACAAGUCCCCAAUAGCACGGGCCUAGAACUGCAAUUACAUCCCGCCAUGACCUCUGCAUCCCCUUCAUCGUCCUACCCUUUGACACCAAAUUACUCUUACUACCCCGGUGGUCCUCCCGGUACAGAGUUUCCUCAAGGUCUAGCCAGAUCCGGCUUGGGCUUGGGCAUGUCUCUGGGUGGGCCGAGGGGUUAUGGGAGCUAUGAUGGCGGGGUGAGGGAUGAUGCCAGCUGGACGGGCUCGGGAACGACAGAUAGCAGUAGCGCCAGACCACACAGUAGUGGAGACAUGGGAGGCGCCGGGCAGGCUUUGUGGAGUUAUUGAAUUCUGCCUGUUUAGGUCAAUGUUUGUGUCUCUCAUUCGUGAAUCACAGUAAUGGUGUCAACACGGUAGUUGGAUUCCAUAUUACAUCCUAGUCUCUUUCUCUUUCGAUAAUUUCCGGUGGAUAUUCUCUAACAGGCCAUGGUUUUUGUAUCGUUGUAGAAAUAAUUCUCUUUAUUGCCCCUAGUGGUGGAUACAUGUAGUCGUAGACUUAUCGUAGGAAGCGCUCCAUCGGGUAGUACCCGCAGUAAUGUAUCAUGUGUGGUGAUUGCGAA